UCGUAUUCAUUGUUUGAAUUUGCGACUUAUAGAAAACAUUAUUAUGAAAACAUACAAAUAAAUAUAUAGAUUAAAAUUGUACUAGAGCUUAGAGAAAGAGAGAGCCCGAGAAGGGGAAAGUUUUCUCCUCGAGAACGUUCUUUCUUAAUAACCAAAAAAUUAUUAUAGAAUAUACGUUUCGCACAGUUGGAUUUUAUGAGUGCGACUAUGAAAUUAAGAAAAAGUUCUUCUGUCAAGUCAACCGUGGUAUAUAACAUUUUACGUUAUUCAACAAAAGUUGAUACAGCUAAUUCGUCAGUCUUAAAAGUUUCCCUUUGGAUAUAGUACAUCGUGCCGCUUCAGUUGUUACAAAUCAACAAGUGGAUGCGUGUAAUUGAAGAGAAACUCUCGACAUUUCUUUCCGAUAUUAUGCAAAAAUUUGUUCUCUCUAAUCAUAUACCAUUCCUCAGUUCAAAGACUGACGUCGACUCGUGAGCAUUACAUUUUUAAUAUCCGAAAAGAUUUGUUACCAUAUUAAAUGUCUUUGUUGGCUCGUCGUUCGAACAUUUAAAUUCUUUUGAUUCUUUAUAAAAAAAAAAAAAAAUCCGUGCAUUAUUUGUACAUUUUCAUAUCAUUCGUGAAACAUCAUUCGAAGUGAGUGAAAUCAUUCUGAAAGCUACAUGUUAUAAGAGUUACAGUGACCUGCCAUGUCGUUCAAUGUGUGAAGCCAAUAUUAUUUCGAAAAGAGUAAAAGAAAAGUGUUUCUUCGACGAUGAAACUCAACGGAUCACUCUGUAUACUCUACUUGUUCUACUUCAUAAAUACAAAUGGCGUCGGAUGCAAGAGCCACUCGUUUCCGAAUUCGACCAACGUAGAGAAAAUCUCUUCUCCGAGAAGCAUCGAUGAUAACAAGGAAAAUCUGAAUAUAGUGGAAAAAUAUCGAGAUAAACGUGCGUUGGGUUUAAUUUUGUCAGGCUUAGCUCAGAUUUUUGGAUACACUCCAACUCCAAUACAAUUGGCUUCACUUCCAAAUCCAGUUGGAUCUGACAAUAAUCCUGGUGCAUCGGGAAACAAUCAAAGUUCUUUUAUGCCACCGAUGCAACCUUCGAAUUCGCCUAAUCAAGCUUCCACAGCUUCUCCCACUCAGACAAUGCCAACAUCGACAACAACGACAAGACCUAGACAAAGAGAAACUAUCAGAUUUACCGGUGUUGUUAAUUUUGGUAAUAGGUCCGACGUGGUUGGACAUUUGCAACAAUAUGAAAGAAUAUUUCAUGGUACUCAAACAACAACUCCUGCAUCGUCAUCAUCGUCAUCAUCAUCAUCACCACCAUCGAUGCCUGUACUUUUAUCGACGACCCCAUCAUCUUUCAGUACAAUGUCAUCGUUUGAUAUAAGAGAAUCACUAAAAUAUAGGCCACCUUUGUUAAGUCCAUACUUGGUCAAAAUCCCUUUACCCAUCGCACCUAAUCUUCCACCUCCGAUAUCUCCAACAACGAAAAUUAAUUUUUCUAUUAAAAAUACGAACAUGCCGCGUAGGAAGGAACAAGAAAUUGUUUAUAGAAAGAACGAGAAUAUAGAGAAUUAUACCGUGGAAAAUAAAGAAAUUCGAAAUGAGAAGGAUGUAGGUAUACCGGAAAGUAAAUUUCAACAUAACGUUUAUGUUAGCGAGCCUUAUUGGAAAAAGUUGCACGAAGAAAGAAUAACUCAGUUGGAACGUAAACAGCAAGAAUGUGCUGAGAAAUUAAAGGAACGAGAGAAAGAACGAAAUCAUAGUUAUCGGGAAGAGGAUCAUUCUGGACAAAGCGAAGGAUCGAGGGAUCGUGAAAAUGAUAGUGAUGAUCGAGAACGAGAAUAUUCAGGGAAUAUUAAAGAAGAUAAACAUGGAAACAACGAGGACGAGGGUAACGACGAAGAGUCUGAAAAUUCGCGCGAACGAUACGAAGAACAUCCAGGCUAUCCGCGAGAAGGUCCUACGAAUGAAAAGCAAAAAAAUACCGAAGACUAUGACGAUUACGACGAAGAUGAUUCUUCUAGAAAUGACGAACGACAAGAAGAUUUAAAAGAGCCGAUCACGAAAGUCUACGAUAAUAAUUAUACCAAUGUGAAAUACGAUAAACCAUUACCCAUAAGUGAUUAUUAUGAAAAAGAGAGACCACCCCAACAGCUUCGCGAUAGUUACGGCGAAAUUUUAGACAAUCGAGCUUUGGUCGAUGAGAGAAUCGCUAAUUAUUACGACUACGUUAACAAUCAACAAACCAAUCCUCAGGAUCCUCCAAAUAUUUCUGAUUAUAUCGAGGAAUCUGAAGAAAAGUACGAGGAAAGGCCCGAGUCGAAAAUCCACGAGCAAAAUAACGAAGAUCCGUAUAAAAAACUCAGAGAAGAAUACGCGAUUAUACCAUUAGAAAACAAAUACGAAGAAUAUAAUUUAGAAAAUACCGAUCGAUCGGAAAAAGAUGAUAGAAAUGAAUCGGAGAAUCCGAAAGACGAGAAUGAUCCGACUUCGAAUAAAAAUGAUCCAAUUCAGAAUAGCGAAUCGACUAAAUUCGUAGAUAAGACUAAACACGUUAAUUCUGACGAAUUGAAAUCUAAGAAGGUAAGUAACAUUCGUAAUAAUGUCAUUCCGAUAAAAAAUAAAUCAUUUAACGAAUUUGCUAUCGUUAAACACUCGCCAUACAUUUUACCAAUUCGAUAUGUUUACGGACCAGAGGAGAUCGAAGAAGCUAAAGCGCGUCGUUUCCAAACCGAAAAAGUCAAGAAAGAAGAAGAUCAUUCAAGAAGUAUCGCCGACGCAAGGAGUACAACCGAUGAAAAAAAAUCACAAAAACAAAAAUUAAAGGCGGAGGACCUAACUCCUAAAAUAGGUCUUCCAGAAAGAUUAACCGAGAAAAAAUUGCAUGAAGGAGAGAGCAAAGAACUUCAAAUUUGGCCAGCACCUUUUGAUUUUGUUUUUGAUAGUACGGAACAAACGAACGUGCGCGUUCCUGUGAAUACGAAUGAAAAUUCAAAGGAAAAUAUACAUCGUCCAACCACUAUCAUUCCUACUCGUACAAUGAUCUAUGAACGAAAUCCGAGUACUUUAAGAUACCUUGCACCAUUCGUACCAAUGCACUAUGCGACCUAUCAGCAGCCCACACUUUACCUUAAUAAAAGACUUAUAUCGUAAAAAAAAAAAAAAAUCUAAAUCAUCAACGAGACUUAUAAUAAUCUAAAAGAAAGAAGAAAUGUAUUACAAUAUAAUUACUAUAAUAAUUUU